ACCCUAGACCAAAUUUGGACCACUUUUCUAUCCCAACACAGAAUUCAGGAUCAUAACUGACUCAUGAUACAAUUCUUACUUGGGACAGCAUCUUGACAGCCAUACCUGCAGCCUGCAGGUUUUGAAUCACCAGCAGCUUGGAAGGAGAAAGUGCUGGGUUGACUUCAUGAGAAAUUGAAAUUUGCGAACAUCAUUAGAGCUUAUCCAGAUAAGACAAAAAUAGAGCAUCCCGGUUGCCGAAAGUAUCCUAAGGACCAAAGAAAAUGACCAAUGUUCAGGAAUCACUGACAUUCAACGAUGUGGCAGUAAGAUUCACCGGGGAGGAAUGGCAGCUCCUGAACCCUGCUCAGAAGAACCUAUAUCAGGAUGUGAUGUUGGAGAACUAUAGCAACCUGGUUUCCAUUGAGCUCCAGAAGGUAGAUGAUCAUUUGCUUGAGCACUGGCAACAUGAAAGAAGCUUGGACAGAACGGAACAAUGCUACAGAUUUAAUACAUUGGAAAAUAUUCUUCAUCAGCACAAACAUAAUUUUCCUCUAAAGGAAAAUUAUGAGAUAUUUGGCUUACAUGAAAAAAUUAUAAAAUCAGGUUUAAUCAUUCUGGCAUUAAAUCAGAACAAUAGCAGUAAAAUAAAGAAGUCAAUUGUGCUCAAUGGAGAUGAGGAAACGUUUUUCCAUGUUGAGCAAGAGCAAUUUUAUACUGAAAUAAAAUUCCCAGAUUGUGAAAAAUCCAGUAGCAUGAAGUCACAAUGCAUUCAGCAUCAGGAAUCUGACAAAAUUGAGAAUCUACAAAUAGGUGAUAAGACCUUCAUCAAGGAGUCUUUCCUCUGUGAGCAUCACAUCAUUCAUAUACUAGAUAAGACCUAUGAAUGCGGUCAGUGUGGGCAAGAAUUCGACAAAGUAUUCAAACUCACUGCACAUUAUCAAAAAGCUCUUCCAGGUCAAAAACCAUAUACAUGCUUGGAAUGUGGCAAAGCUUAUCACCAUAAAUCAUACCUGAAGGAACAUCAGAAAACUCAUGUGGCAGGGAUGCCCUGUAUAUGCACUUACUGUGGGAAAGGCUUCAGCAGUAAUAGUGAUCUCACUGCUCAUCAGCGAACUCAUACUGGAGAACAACACCUUGUAUGUGGUGAAUGUGGCAAAGGCUUCAUUCAGACAGCAAAUCUCAAAACUCAUCUACGAACUCAUACUACAGAAAAACCUUAUGUAUGCAGUGAGUGUGAUGAAGCUUUCAGACAGAAGCAAUGCCUUAUAGAACAACAGAAAUUUCACACAGGAAAGAAACCCCAUGUGUGUGGUGAAUGUGGAAAAGCCUUUACCUGGAAGAAUAAGCUUACAGUUCAUCAGCGAACUCAUACUGGAGAGAAACCCCAUGUAUGUGGUGAAUGUGGAAAAGCCUUUAUUAGGAAGGAUGUUCUCACUGUUCAUCAGCAAACUCAUACUGGGGAGAAACCCCAUGUAUGUGGUGAAUGUGGAAAAGCCUUUAUAUGGAAGAAUGCACUCACUGUUCAUCAGCGAACUCAUACUGGAGAGAAACCCCAUGUAUGUGGUGAAUGUGGAAAAGCCUUUAUGUGGAAGAAUGAACUCAGUGUUCAUCAGCGAACUCACACUGGGGAAAAACCCCAUGUAUGUGGUGAAUGUGGCAAAGCCUUUAUCAGGAAGAAUAAGCUCACUGUUCAUCAGCAAACUCAUACUGGAGAGAAACCCCAUGUAUGUGGUCAAUGUGGAAAAACCUUCACCUGGAAGUGUGAGCUCACUGUUCAUCACCGAACUCAUACUGGAGAGAAACCCCAUGUGUGUGGUGAAUGUGGAAAAGCCUUUACUUGGAAGCAUAAGCUCACAGUUCAUCAGCAAACUCAUUCUGGAGAGAAACCCCAUGUAUGUGGUGAAUGUGGAAAAGCUUUUAUCAGGAGGAAGGGCCUCAUUGUUCAUCAGCGAACUCAUACUGGAGAGAGACCCCAUGUAUGUGGUGAAUGUGGAAAAACCUUUAUCUGGAAGAAUGCGCUCACUGUUCAUCAGCGAACUCAUACUGGAGAGAAGCCUCAUGUGUGUGGUGAAUGUGGAAAAGCCUUUAUCUGGAAGAAUGAGCUCAGAAUGGCCAUAAUUAUAGCAGCAGAUGUAAAGUAUGCUUGGAUGUCUACGUCCAUUCUGACGGUAAAUGUGCGGUGGGCUCCCGCAAUGCAACCUGAGAAACCAAUAGAUAUCAUUGCUCAAACCAUGCCCGUUUGUCUACCCAAAGGGUUACUGAAGCUCCAGCAUGGGCAAGAAUCCUGCAAGUGGGGAGUAGCCGGACAACAACCUGUCCCCGCCCCUGCUUCCACUCUAGAAAAGCUAGUACGAGAAGAAAUGAGGGAGGAAGAAGCCAAAUGA